AUGCCUACCAGACUCACCAAGACCCGCAAGCACCGCGGUCACGUCUCCGCCGGUCACGGUCGUGUCGGCAAGGCUCGCAAGCAUCCCGGUGGUCGUGGUAUGGCCGGUGGUCAGCACCACCACCGUACCAACUUGGACAAGUACCAUCCUGGUUACUUCGGUAAGGUUGGUAUGCGAUACUUCCACAAGCUCCAGAACCAGUUCUGGAAGCCUGUUAUCAACCUCGACAAGCUCUGGGCACUCGUCCCUCUCGAGCAGCGCGAGAAGUACCUCGCCAACAAGUCCGCCGACACCGCCCCAGUCCUCGAUCUCCUUCCUCUCGGCUACAGCAAGGUCCUCGGAAAGGGUCGCAUUCCCGAGAUCCCACUCAUCGUCCGCGCACGUUACUUCAGCAAGGACGCCGAGCGCAAGAUCAAGGAGGCUGGUGGUGUUGUCCAGCUCGUCGCUUAA